UCCAUAGAACGUCGCCCAACAUGUACUCGUAGACUACAUUCUACAUGAGUUUGGUGAUAUAAUCUGUACGCUGUCAGCAAAACGACACAUUAAGCUAAGAUUCCAUUGAAUUGAACAUCAGUUUGGGACAGGAAAUAUAAAUAAAUUUACAGAUUAUGGAAACAUUAUCAAAUAAUCCUUUGCUAAAAGUAAGCGAUGCUGAGGUAGCAAUGAUUCGCCGAGAUAACAAUUUAGACACAAAUAAAAUUAAGGAAAACUUAGACGAAAUCGAGGAAUGGUGUAAGAAACAAAGUCACUUAGAAGGCGCCGUGCAAUACCUGAAUCGUGAUAUAAUGGAACGUAUACACAUUUUGGCCAAAGGAUCAGUCGAAGGAACGAAAAAAAAAAUUGAUAAAAUAUUGACGACUCGGGGCUUGAUACCAGAAAUAAUGCUUAACAAAUCGAUCGAUGAAUUUAAUGAAUUCCAAGAAAAUUUAAUUUUUAUAACGCUGCCAAAUCUAAGCCCGGUUUGUCAUUCGAGAAUAUUCGUGUCGCAAAUAACAAAUCCAAAUAUAAAUAAUUUCAGUUUCUUAACCUACUUAAGAUAUUGUUUUAUGAUCGGUGAAUACAGAUUAUAUUUCGAAUAUAGUAUGUCCGACAGAUUCAUUGUGGAUCUGAAAAACGUUAAUAUGAAUAUUAUUGCAAAAAUAAAUCCAGUGCUUUUGAAGAAAGGAGAAACGUUAUGCACAGAAGCUUAUGGAACCAAAAUUAAAGGAAUCCAUUUUGUUAAUGCUCCGCGAUAUGUAGAUAAAAUUAUAAAUUUAUUAAAACAAGUUCUUAAAGAAAAAAUAUCAAGCAGAGUCUAUGUCCACUGUUCAUAUGAGGAUCUACAGAGAGAAAUACCUAAAGAAAUUCUUCCGAAGGAGUAUGGUGGUGAUUCGACGAGCUGUGCUGAAUUAGCAGAACAAUGGAAGGAAUAUUUGAAAACGGAACAAGCUAGAACAAUCUUGGAAACAUCCAAUAAACUAAUCAGCGAUGAAUCAAAGCGAUGUUCCAUUAAAUUCAAUGAAGAAUAUUUAGGAAUGCCAGGAUCCUUUAGAAGAUUAAACGUGGAUUGAAGUUUGAAGAAGAUUUAAAUAAAAAAAAAGUUUAGUUAUAUUAAAUGUCGAUUACGUUGGGUUCAAAAAACAAACU